UUCCAGUUGACUUUUCACUCCACCAUUUCGCGAUGCUGUCUUCCUUAUGGUUCAAAGUAUUACUGUGCAUAGCUCUCGUCUCUAGCUCCUUACAGCAAUCAGCGCCCGAACCACCGACAAAGCUUAUGGGAGGUGUCCUUCAUAAACCUUCCAAGUGCUCAUCAACGGUGUCGACCAAUACAAAAGUCAAAUUACAUUAUACUGCUCGGCUUUGGGGUAGUGAAAAGGUGUUUGAGAACACUUAUGGCGGUGAACCAGUGCAGUAUCAUCUCGGACGUGAUAAAAUCAUGAAAGGACUUGAGGACGGCAUUCAGGGUAUGUGUGUCGGCGAAGUGCGACGAUUGCUUAUUCCGGCCGAACUGGCUUUUGGAGAUUUUGGCAUUCCAGGUCAAGUGCCAGCAAAUACAGCGGUAAUUUACGACGUUGAAUGCUUGAAAGUGGACAGCCCAUUCCGAAAUCCUUGGUUUUGGUCAGGCGUUGUUGCCAUUGCUCUCGCGUACGUUUACUUUGACCGCAUGGCAAAAGCAGAGGACGCGACAAAGGCGGCCAAAUUUUUGGAAAAAUCAAACAAGGAAACUGUGGACAAGUCAUCUUAAACUGUACCCUCGCUUUGUUGGGCCAUUGCUCAGAUGCUCUUUUCUAUGAUUCAGUAUAAUAUGUACGAGUCAUAGUGCUUUUUAUCUUAAUGAAAGUUUAUACAAAUCAGCGGGUGUCCCACAUGGUUUUUUCACGAUUAUGAGUAUCCCUGUUAUCUUUCAAGGUUUUGUGAAAAUAUUCUCAAC